ACAUUCUCUUACUUUUCUACUGUUUGGAGCCAUGUAGCACUCAGUCACUCACGGAGGAGGCUGCUAAUUCCUAUCCCGGUCUUCGAUUCUUCGUGUAUAUAUAUGAUAUCACGGACGCCCUCAAGAUCAUCACUCACACUGGCCCUGCUGCUAAAUAAUAUAUAUAUUGAGAUAAUUCUGCAGCGGAGAUCGAUCGGAAAUGGCAUUGGAAAGAGAAAGACGAGCCAGGUUGGUGGUGGCCUUGGCCAUGGCCCUGUGGAUUAGUGGCGCAAUGAGAGCAGAAGCUCAGUUCAAGGUUGGCUUCUACUCCCAGAGCUGUCCCCGAGCGGAGGCCAUCGUCAAAGAGGAGAUCGAGAAGGCCCUCGCCGACGACGAAGGCGUCGGCGCUGACCUCCUCAGGAUGCACUUCCAUGACUGCUUCGUCAGGGGCUGCGAUGGUUCGAUUUUGUUAGACUCCACCAACAAUAGCACGGCCGAGAAGGACGCGCAGAUCAACCUCACGCUCGAAGGGUUCGACAUUAUCGACGAUGUGAAGGAGAAGCUGGAAGCUGCCUGCAAGGGAGUUGUCUCCUGCGCCGACCUCCUUGCCUUCGCUGCCAGGGACGCCGUUGUUCAUUACGGAGGGAUUCACUACGAGGUGCCGUCCGGGAGAAGAGACGGAAGGAUCUCCGUUGCCUCCGACACCGACAUCCUUCCUUCGCCGGACUUCAAGCUCGCCAAGCUCACCGACUUGUUCGUCUCCAAGGGCUUGAGCCAGAGCGAGAUGAUCGUCCUCUCCGGAGCUCACACGGUGGGCAUUGCGCACUGCGACGCCUUCUCGAAGCGGCUGGACUCGGCGGACCCCAGGAUGGACGGGAAGUACGCGGCGGCGCUGAGGAAGGAGUGCCCGCCGGCGAGCAACAACACGGUCUCGAUGGACCCGCAGUCGCCGCACAAGUUCGACAACCAUUACUACCGCCUCGUGCUGGACAGCCGCAGCCUCUUCACCUCCGACGACACCCUGCUGUCCGCGUGGAGCACGGCGGCGCAGGUGAAGCGGCUCGCCUGCGACUUCAAGGGUUUCCAGCGGGAGUUCGCGGCCGCCAUUGUCAAGAUGGGGGCCAUCGGCGUACUCACCGGCUCCGGCGGCGAGGUCCGCACCAAUUGCCGAGUCGUCAACUGAGCAAUUAGCCAUCUACGCGCGUGAUUUCCCUUGUUUGCGUUCUCGAUCAAAUUUUAAUCUUGUUGUGUCGUUGUAUAUCGUGAUUCAAGAACAUCAAAUGUUUGUGUUAUAAAAAAAAUAUUGUU